AUGCAAUCAAUGCUGAUGUCAGCACCAAAGGUCCCAUACCUCAGCAUGACUCAUAAAGAGGCAAGGAUGGCAUCAGCUCAGAAGUGCAGGGUGUACACAGUGCAGAAUUGGAUGAAGAAGAUCUGGUCAGAUGAGUGCUAUGUUUACCUUGGCAACAACUGUGGAUGA